AUGUCCAAAGGAGGAAAACUAACCAAGCUCAAGUCAGUGCUCAAGAAAUGGAACUCCUUCAGAAACAAACAGAGCCAAGCCACCAUCACCUCCGUCGCCAGCGACCGCGACUCCUCGUCGCUCCGCCCAGUGUACGUCGGGAAGACGCAGCGGGAGUACCUGGUGAGCGCCGAGGUUGUGGCGCACCCGCUGUUCCGGGAGCUGGUGGACAGGUCCCGCGACAGCAGCUCCGAGGAGGAGGAGGAGGACAGCAUCAAGGUGGCGUGCGAGGUUGUUCUGUUCGAACACCUUCUCUGGAUGCUCCACAACGCCGAUCCUCAACCCGAGUCGCUCCACGAACUCGUUGAUUUUUACGCCUGCUGA